CCAAAUAGUGAUCAAUUGCACGUCCUAAAAAGUAAAUUCUCAAUCACCAGAGGAAACUUAAACAUCAUGGAGAAUAAAAAAACUACAUCACCUUCAAAGCCUAUUGAUGAGAAUUCAAAACUUGUUCAUCAAUUUUACUUUGUUAAGAUUUGGCCAACAGAUCCAGAUUCAAUAUCUAAAAUAAAAAAGGAAGAGAACUUGGUUAAGAAAAUGAAUCAUGAAAUUGCUGAAAUCACUGAAACAAUUGCAAAAAAAAUGGCAGAAAGAGAUCAUCUAGCUUCUGUGUUGCAAAGGUUAAACUAUCCACAAAAGGAUCGGAGAAAUCGCGUCGCGAGUAAAGAGAAGAUAGUAAGGGAUUUACAUAUGAUUCUUGAUGAAUUGAGUUUGUUGAAUAAAAAAUCAGCUAAGGGAAGAUGGUUCAAUGAAGAGCUUGAUAAAGAUUCUUUGAAUUCUUUGGUGCUACAACUACAUGGGAGCAAAAGCUUGGUUGAGGAGAAAAAAAUUCUGAGGAAUAUAAACAUUCAACAGAAAGAUGAUGAUUCAUUCAAAUCACUAGAAGUGCUUAAGAAAAAGAUUAGAUGGAGUUAUUACUUGAAAAAUUGGCAGAAGCUCUUAAGAGAAAUUGAACAAUUUCAAAUCCAAUGUUUGGAAAGAGUUUCUGGUAAUAAUUUUGAGAAGAGAAAUAUUUCCAACUAUGAAUCCUUGAAGAAAAUUAUAGAAGUUGAAAUUAAGGUUCUAUGCGAUGACUCUUUGGAAAACAGAAAUGAAGGGUUGAAAUGUGGGAUCAGAAUUAGACAUGCUGCGAAAGAAUUAGAAGCUAAAAACCAAGAAUUAUAUUCCUUAAAAGAAAUAUUGUCGGAGAAAAAUAAGAAAAAGGUCGAAGCAUAUCAAAGGAUUUUGGAAUUGAAGAAAUUGUAUAAUGAGGAGAUUCUCCACUAUUAUCACUAUUGUUCACUUAUUAACAAAGUCCAUCAGCUGGUUGAAGGAAAAGAUGUAGCAACCCUUGAUGAAAUGUCAAGUUCAGAGGUUGGGAAGUUUAUGUUAGAAUGGAAAAAUAAUAAGGCUUUUCGAGAAGAUUAUGAGAGGAAGGUUCUGCGAUCAUUAGAGAGACGACAACUAAGUAGAGAUGGACGAAGAAGACCCGAUAAAUCGGCCAAUUCUAACAUGAACAACCACAUCAAGUGGUGCAUCAUGAACAAGUUUGUGAUAUCGCUAUAACGAAUACAAAUUUUACAAAAUCCAUCGUUGGAUUGAAAAUUUGUAUUAUAAAGAUCAUCCAUGCCAAAUUUUAAAAAAAUUGAAAAUCAUUUGAUACGUCUUUGAGACCCAUCAAAAUUAACGGUAUUUAAUGUGGUUGUUCAUGUUAGACAAAGCCCGAUAAAUCAUGUACUAUUAUAAAAUGAUUGUUUAGUGUCACUGUUAAGAAGUCCCACAUCGGUUGAGAGAUGGUCUGACUAAGUGUUUAUAAACUAGAGGCAAUCCUCACCUUACAAGCCGAUUUUGUAGGGUUGAACUAGACCCAAUACCCAAUUUUAAGAUGGUAUCAAAGCCUCUCCAAGAUCUAUUGGGCCACCCGGUAUCGGGCCAACUACCAUUUAUAUCCGCGUAUCAAGCCCAAUAGCGCUGGACGCGAGGGGGUGUGUUAAGAAGUCUCACAUCGGCUGAGAGAUGACCUGACUAAGUGUUUAUAAACUAGAGCCAAUUCUCACCUUACAAACCGGUUUUGUAGGGUUGAGUUAGGCCCAAUACCCAAUUUUAAGAGUCACUUUAAUAAAAAACAUUUCUCUUUCUCUAA